GGGUGGUGAGAGGAGGGAUGACUUGCUGAGUGUGCACACCUUUUGAGAGCCCGCACACACACCCUGCUCUAGGGGCUCCUCUGCUAGGCUGCCCCCAUGGAGCUCCCCCUGGCCCAGAUAGGCACCCAAGGGAGUCGAGAAGCCCCCGCCGUAACCUUCAGCACCUUCCAGCCCAUGGACUUGAACCGCCGGAGCUGCCAGGGCCUGGGUUCGCUUCCGGGACCCAGACUCCAGGCCCCGAAGGCCGAAGAAGCCCAGCCCAGCCCCAGGGCCCCGACUGUCCACGUGGCGGCCCCAGGCGCUACGUGCAGCCCAAAGGACAUUGGGAAGGCUGAAGAGAUGCCUAGAGAAGAAGCCUUGUCCCUACAAGCAGAGACUCUGGCUUGGUUCCAGAAGACCCAGGCCCAUGAGCUCCUGCAGCACGGGGAAGCCCCUGCCUGGUUCCACGGCUUCAUCACCCGGAGAGAAGCCGAAAGGUUGCUGGAAACAGAGCCUCAGGGAUGUUACUUGGUGCGUUUCAGCGAGAGCGCCGUGACCUUUGUGCUGACUUACAGGAGCCGGACUUGCUGCCGCCACUUCCUGCUGGCCCAGCUCCGGGACGGGCGCCACGUGGUGCUGGGCGAGGACAGCGCCCACGCGCGGCUGCAGGACCUGUUGCUGCACUACACGGAGGGCCCGCUCAGCCCCUACGGGGAGAAGCUCACCGAGCCCCUCCCCCGCCAGACUCCUGAGCCCGUAGGACUGUCCCUAAGGACUGAAGAAUCAGACCCUGGAAGCAAAAGCCAGGACUCAAAACCUCAGUACAGUCCAAUUCUCAAAAAGGAGCAGAGUACAGCCUUCAAGCAGAAAGAGGGGGCCGGAGAGCCAAAGGAGGCCACCCAGCCUCCCAGGCCUAAGCCUCGCAUCCCCGCCAGACCCCACCUGCCCCCCGAAGUCUACACAAGCCCCGCUCCGAGACCCCGCCCAACCCCGCCCCACAAACCCUCCAACCCCAUCUACCACGAACCUGACGAGCCCAUAGCUUUCUACGCCAUGGGCCGGGGCAGCCCCGGGGAAGCCCCCAGCAACAUUUAUGCUGAGGUGGAGGUGAAAGUGCCUGAUUCAGGGGGUGAGAGCCCGCCGCGCAUCCUCAGGCACGAAGUCCUACGGAAGUGCCAGUCCAGGCCUGUCCUAGGAAGCCAGAAUCCGGGUGGCCAGCAACUGCAUUCUCAGAACUCUGUGGCUGAACCAGGCCUUCCUCUGCCCCAUCAGCCCCUGCCCCGCUGGGGGCACACCCUCCCCCACAACCUUCCUAGGCAGGUGCUUCAGGACAGAGGACAGGCGUGGCUCCCCCUGGGGCCUCCUCAGUAGCUGGUGUCUGAGCUGGGGGAGGAUAACUCGGAACAGCGGGUCCAAAGAAUCUCACACACACCCAGGCACCCUUCUCAAGAAAUGUGGGUGGAACAAAACCGUAGGUGAUCAAAGCUGGGAAAGACUUUAGCCAUCAUCUAUGGCAAAAAUGGCAAAAAGGUGUCACCUCGCAUGCCAACUCCCAUCCAUCGAUUGUGGCUACCUAGAGCACUUCAUUGGAAAAGAUAUUAAGGUCACAUCCCAUCUCAGCAGAAAAGAACACCGUAAUUGAUUCGUGAUGUCUGCCGUGGGUGAGAGAAGGAAGAGGAGCAGCAUCUCCUUUGCCUGCCUGUACCGAUCAAGUCCAGCCCCCUUACUGUGCAGAUAAGGAAAUAAACCCAGAAAGGGAUGGUGGCUUCGCCAAGGUCAAGGACUGGAACUCAGGCUUCCUGAUUCCUCUGUGUGGUGCUCUGUUCCGUACCCCACACCCACUAACUUCUCAACAGGAAAUGUCAGAGGUUUCCUCAGAUAGGAAAUCUGGCUGCUUUCCAGAGCACUGCCUCAGGGGGCCCUGGGGGCUGGUGCCCCUCUUCCAGAUCCCAGCUUAGUCCCGUUCCCCUGGCUGGUCUGGGCCCCCACAGAGAAGCCUGGAAGUCAGACAAGCAAAUGUGGAGUCUGCCUCCUUUUAGGGACACAUGCACUUGUUUCCCCCCAAGGUCCCUCACGAAUCCCCUGGCUCGAUGCUUGCCUCUAAGCAGUGGGCUAGGAGGACCCUGCUGCAUCCCACUGCCCCAGUUUCUCCUCCUGGAGUCUGAUUUCUCUGGUCCUCCGAGCCUUUAAGUCUGGGCCCUGGUCCAAUGCUGCUGUUGUCUGAGGAAUGGUUUGGCGAGAACAGAUGUUAGAACUUGUUUGUUGAUUCUUGUCUGGCUAAUAAAUCAUCACCAACCACCUCCCCCAACAGGGAUUCAAGUA